UACCAUGUUAGCCGGCGACUAACGAUUUGUUCAUACGCGAUUUGCUCCUUGAGGAUACUGGAGCCCAUGUGCGCCAUUGGUUUGGAGUGAGAGUUUUCCAACCCCUCUAGGUGUACUUUCCAUGUCCACCAACCCGGUUAAAGCGUCCGACAUUCGCUUUUGUCGUCUCAUCUUCGUAAACAACAGUAAUGCCACGAAAAGGCAGUGAGUAGGACUUUCCUGGCAGAGGCUGUAUAAGCGUGGCCAUGUGAGAGCAUUUGGAGAGGGAAAGAGGACUCUCCCCACUCUCGGCCGUACCAGGGCAUCAUGUUGAUUAUGUUGAUGUUAGGCAGAGAAGAUGCCAUUUGCUUUACACCUAUGUUUACUCAACGAUAUACAUCUUUGCCACGUAAUCAAAAAAUAUUUAGAUACUUUUUUAAUUCAAUACAAUUUUUAUUAAGAAACUAAAGUUUUAAUCGACUCAUAAAUUCAAUUAGUCAAAAUUACUACAAUCCACAAAAACUUCAUUCUGAUAAUAAUCAUCAUGUAUUCACUAAUGACUGGCUUCAAGAAGUAUUUCCUGGAGUUCUAGUGAGAAGCAGCGAUUAAUGCAGUUAAACCGGGUCUGUUUUAGAAGCAGUUACUCACCGAAAACAAUAGUGGACAGUCGCGCAAUUUCGUGGACUGGUUGAAUUUCGACACUAACACUACUGAAUACCAGCUCAGUGGUUUAAAGGUUAGGCCCUGGGUCAGGAUCCCGAGUGUGCACUGUUGAGAAGUCCUAUACUAGAAUGAGACGGUUGUCCAGUGCUUACAGGUUUCCCAUAGUGUUCUACCUUGGAUCGACUCAUGAAUUCAACUAUUGAAAGUAAAAAUAAGUCGAGACAUUAUCAUAAAUUUCCAUGUAAAGCAUUCAUUAACAUCAUUGAUUUGUCUCGAAUGAUAGCAUCGGAAAUUUAGAAAAAAAUUACUAAUGCACUUCUUGUAGAUUGUGUCUUUUAUUAACAGACUACUUGCUAGUAGUUUAAGUAGUAUGAAACUAUUUUUAAAAGUUGACUAGCAUCACAUUGUGAAAUACACACUUCAACAAAUCAGGAUAGUUAUUAUUCGUAUGAUCAACUGAACACAAACACGAUAAGGCUAGUGGGCAAAAAAUAGUAAGAAAUAUUCCAAGAAAACAGAUGGAUAUUUUUAUAUGAACAAUAAAACAAACAUCACCUUUCUCCUUAUUAUUAAAGUUCUUAGUAGUUUUCCGAAUGUUUAUCCAGUCACAAAAAGUUUUGAAUUCAAUGAUAAAUUUUAUUAAAAACAUACAUAUGAAUGAAUAAUAACCUUGUCAAUAACAUUUUUACAGACUAUACAUUUAAACAACAAAAUUAGUACAUGUAAGAGAUAGUGAAUUUGAAAGCAAAUACAACAGUUUACAUCAUACCAUAUAAUCCAGUUGGUAUUGUUACUUGAUCUUGUUGGCAUAUGUGCAUCCUGUGCGGAAUGUCUCGAUAUUGUCUUAAUUCACAAGCUAUAUAAGCAAAGACAAAUGUUGUCUAGCAGUGGAAUCCAGUUUGACGCGCGUUUCGUCCUAGUUGGGAUUCGUCAACCGGAUGUACCUGCAUCUCAGAAUUGAUGUUCACUCCGGUAAGGACUCGGACCCAGUACUGUUCACUUCAAGUGCCAUCGAGUUAUUCACUUUGCUACUGAGUCCUGAUAGCCACUUGCUUGUGCAAUGGGAUGAAUUAGUUAAGUGGAUAACGUGAUUGUGUUUGGAGCGAAGUGUACUGGGUUCGAGUCCCAGGGUGAACAUAAAGAUAAGAAUGUAAUUACAAAUCAAAAUUAAGUAAUGUAUGAAUUGAUACGAAUUCAGUAAGAAAUAAUAAAAUGGGGUUAAUGUUGGAAUUAACCAUUUCAUGAAUUUCGAAAAUUCAUCAUCAUUACGCCUAUUAAUCCCAAUGGAGUAUAACCCGUCGACUAGCCUUCGUAAAUUAAAACAUCUUUCAAAUGAAUCCUUUGGUUUGUUAUUUCAUCAUACUGAUAACUGAGAAAUAGUAUCCUUUUAGGUUGACUAUAUAUGGCAGUUACAUAUGUAAGUAAUAAUAAAAUGCAAUCAGAGAGAGGGUUUUGUGGAGAUUGUAGUAAUUUAAUAAUUCGACUCAUAAGUCAAUUGAAGCUAGACCACCAUCGAAAACCUGGAAGCACUGGACGGCCGUUUCAUCCUAGUAUGGGACUCCUCAACAGUGUGAAUCCAUGAUCAUGUCUAGCAAAAAUUCAGUCCAGGAUCUAUCAGUCUCGUGCGCGGAUGCUUAAUCUCUAGACCACUGAGCCGGCAUCCAAUGGUGUUAACGUUAAACUUUAACCAAUCCAUGAAGUUGAGCAACACUUCCAUCAUUGGUUUCAGUCGGUUACUAUCUCACAAUAAACCCAGUUGAAUCCCAUUGUUCACUACUUCUCACUAGAAUUCCAAGAAAUAUCUCAUGAAGCCAGUGACUAAUGCGCACUAGUGAAUCUCAUGAGCGAGAUCGUGGAUGCACACUGCCGAAGAGUCUCACAAAGAAUGAUCAAAUUUAAACUGCUACAUGAGGUGUAGUAAGUAAACAAAAAGAAUAAGUGGAUUGAAAAUAAUGACAAUCGUAACAAUAAACUAUACAAACGAUUUAGAGUUACUUAUCAGAUAAUAAUAAUUUAUAAUUAAAUUACAAUGAAUAGACAAUUUCAACAUGUUUAAUGGUGUUAUAUUCCGAUGAACUAAUACGAUACAUAUCCAUGUUCCUUUUAUUAUAAACUUUAUUUUGACCCAUAGACUACUAUAUUCGAUUUAGCAUUCUCAUGUUAUGCCCUGUUCGAAAAAGGGAACCAGGUGUCAUAGAACGUCGAAUCGGAAAUGUGCUGUACCUAGUUCGGAAAGAUGUCGGGAAAUGCAUAAGACAUAUAAAUCAAAUGCAAAGAAAUGAUAGUACAGUGGUCACAGAAAACCGGCUUCCAUUUCAAUUGCUCGUAGAUUCAUCUCAGAAGAACCAUCAUGAGCGCAAAUAUCGAAAAGACAAACGACGCAAAGAGAAAGCUGUACAACCCUCGAGAGUAAUGGACCGCAAGAGGAAUGCGACACCCAAGCUUCAGGUGGAUCCGAGAAAAAAAUCUUACACAACGGACUUAAAAGGGGGGAGGUGUGACGAUGGACCACCGGUGAACUCGAGGAAGCUGUAAGAGGCUCAGAAGGAGCCGAAGACGUUCCAUCCAAUCACCUUUCGGAAGAAUGUUCUAGAAUUCCAACGUGUAGCUUCCCCAUUGAAUAAUGCUAAUAACCCCCUGUACGCGGAUUGGAAGACUGUAAUGAUGAUUUCGUUCUCACUAAAAACUAUAAAUACCUGACAAUUUUGUACUAUGUUUGACACUGUUUGGGAUAAUAUUCCUUUCGUUAGUCUUCUGUCUUCUUAUUGCGACUUGGAAGGGUUCGGUGUUCUAGUGCUCAGUUAUACGCGGUAGUAUCAAGAAAAAUCAGCUUUUUCAAGAUAUAACAUCUGGCGACGGGUUAUUGUACCAAUAUGUCAUUUACCUCUGAACAAUUUGAAGCCUUAUUGGAACGCCAAGAAGAACGUUUUGAACAGUUCCAGAUGCGCAUGAUAGAGAUGCUAACUGAGAAAAUGAACCUGGAUCAAAAAGAAGUUACAGAUGAUCCCUUCAAAUCUCAUGUUGACCAGAUUGUUAAUUCUAUCCAUGAAUUUAAUUUUGAUGGUUCAGCUGGCAUUACUUUUGAAACUUGGUUCAAGAAAUAUGAAGAUUUGUUCAAGGUCGACCUCAAAAAACUUGAUGACGCCGCUAAGGUCAGAAUACUCUUGCGAAAACUUGGAACUGUUGAACAUGAACGUUACAGUAACUUUAUCCUUCCAAAGAAUCCAAGAGAUUUUUCUUUUGAUGCAACGAUUGAAAUUUUGUCGCAAAUCUUUGCUGAACAGUCAUCCUUGUUUAAUAUUCGUUAUCAAUGUCUCAAGAUGACAAAAGCAGGUGAUGAUGACUGGGUGAAACAUGAGGGUUUAGUAAACCGUGAAUGUGAGCGUUUCAAACUAUCAGCAAUGACAGAAGACCAGUUUAAGUGUCUCGUAUUUGUGUGCAGCCUCCAAUCUCCUGAAGAUGCCGACAUUAGAACCAGAAUUUUGAGUAAAAUUGAACAAUGUCCGAAUAUGACACUACAAGAAGUAACAACAGAGUGCCAGAGAUUGGUAAACCUAAAGCAUGACACUUCGAUGGUCGAAAAUAAUGGCCAGUUGCCAUACGUUCGUGCUGUAAGCAGAAAGAACGAUUCUUGCUCAAGAAAGGCAUCGCACACAGAUAAUCAGCCUUCAUCUCCAUGUUGGUCUUGUGGUGGUUGGCAUUAUAAAAGGUUCUGUCCAUAUAAAGAACAUUGUUGUAGUAAGUGUCAUCGCAAGGGACAUAGAGAAAACCUGCUGCACUCACCCGUUACAACACUAUCAACUACUACUAUCUCCUUCAUACACAGCCACAUUUGGCUAAAUCUUGUACAAAUUUUGUAUGUUAUUUUAUGGUACGAUGUGGUCUGUUUAAUUGGUAUAUAAACCCCGUAUCUUUGAACUAAAUGAUUCAUAUCGCAGAGGCUGAGAUUAGUGUUCUGAACUUAACAGACAGUUAGGGUUAGGCAGGAAGAAGGACCGACAAAGAAUCUAUACUGCUCGUACUUGUUUUAUGCGUCAUCGGUCCGGUCGAUAAUUUACGUUUCUUUAGUUGGCGGUACUAUUAUAUUAUAUAUUAAUAGAGCACAAGUUCCAAUAAAUGAACAUUUAAAUUAUGUUAGACGAAAGGAAAAAAAGUGUUAAAGUUAAAAAUGAGUUAAGAUUAGAAAUAGAGUUUGUAAUAGAAGAGUAAAUGGAGAGACUUUAAUUUAUGGACGAGUCAAUCAGAGGCGUUUUUUUAGAGAUUUCAAGGUUACGGCGCCAACUUCAGUGCUUAAGGCUAACGUACGAUCGGUUCACAGGGAAUUUUGUACAAAACGUGAUAAUUGAGUGGCUAUAACAAAUAAAACGACGAAACUAUAAUAUGUGGACGAAUCAAUUAGGUAUAAGAUAACAGAUCUCGGAUUUUAACACGAAAGCCUUUCAUCCAUUUGGUUAAAUAAACUUCUGGCAUUAUAGUUGAUGUCAGUUCGUGAUGAAAACCCCAUAUAUAAUUCCUAAAUACGGCAAAUUAUGACAACUAUCGCGAACUGAAUAAUAAAAGCACCAGUAACACUGGCUUCAGCCAGCUACUGCAAUAUAUUAGGAUGAUUGGAGAGCGUACAGACUUCUACACAAGCUUGGUUAUGUGCAUCAUGUCGUUAUCCAUAAGUAGUAUUUUGUGCACUCAACAACCGGAGUGCACAUAAACAAUAUUGAAACUACGUGGUCGAGGCAGAAAGAGCUUUUGAGACUUUAUCAUGGCUCAAGAGGCCAACUAUUCGGUAGCCGUAUGAAUGAUUUCCUCUACUGGAUGGAUUACGAUUUUAGAACCUCUGAACCACUUCCUAACCUUGACAAGUUUUUGAACCACGUAUAAGAAGUGUAUCCACUUUAUUUCCUUGGUUUUGUAUAAUAUAUUUUUACUCUAUACUGGGUGUUUGCUGACUAGCUAAUAUUUCUCAAGGUUACUUAAGAUUCGUUCAAAGGUCGUUCAUAAAUUAGAGUCUCGCCAUUAUUGUUUAUUCAUUCAUUGCAUUUAAUAAAUAAAACUUCAUUUUUAGUUUAAU